AUUGCAUGCAAUGCAGUUGCAGAGACAGGUCAAGCUGAAUACAACAUAACGUCCAAAUUCGUAUUACUACUUGAAGAUCGGCAACAAAUCUGCCGCCGUCUUUUGUGUUUUCACACUAUCGAGUCAAACCUUGUUCUGAAGUCAAGUUGGCCACCGACUGCAUUUUUAUAGCAGGAGUUCACAUGUUGCCCCCUGUCAUCUAGGUAUUUAUCAAAAUCCUUGACCCUUCAAAGAGAAAGAGCGAGAGAGAAAGAGAUGGAGCAAAAAUGCACGCCGAGACGAAGCACUAGCAAUAUUAUUCCCAAAUUCACCGUUCCACAGCAUGAGUGAAGGGGUUCACACAACAUACGUCAGGUGUACACUAAUUUAGCCUAGGAUUUCCGAUAAGUAAGAACGAUUCAUUACGUCCUUCAUCAAACCUGUUUCUCAGGUUUCAGCAAUCCUCAUGAGGUAUCAGAGAUUACCGACCAGCGAAGAAGCUGAGAUGGCGAACGAAAUUGACAACAAUGAUCCAGCAUCCUCAACUGAGCACGAUGCUGAACCUGAUUUCAAGAGUGGAAAUAUCGAUAAUAAUUAUGUUCCUCACUCGGAAGUUGAGAGUCUCAAUCUUGAGACAGCAAUACCACCGGGCACAAUUGAUCCAAUAUACGAAGCUAAAGCUCGAGUCUUGAAUGAAGCUGUAAGAUCUUAUAUCUCUGUCUCUGCGCUGUCAGGUACUUCUGGCCAAGGUAAUAGAUACUAAUCAUGUGAUAUCAUUCAGAUACAAGAUAUCGGUAUGGGAUGGUAUCAAUGGCAAUUGUUCGUAGUUGUAGGCUUCGGCUGGGCAAAUGAUAAUUUGUGGCCAAUUGUCACAUCCCUCAUCUGUACUGGAUCUAUCCAACUUUGUCACUCUAUCAGAUCUGUAAGCUAACGGUGAACAAAGUCACAUCAAUUACCAACGAAUUCUCCCCAAAGCAUCCACCCUUACUCACCUUGGCUCAGAAUAUUGGCCUCCUUGCAGGUGCCAUGUUUUGGGGAUUUGGUUGCGAUAUCUUUGGUCGACGUUUAGCAUUUAAUGCCACACUUGGUAUCACAGCUGUUUUUGGAUUGAUCGCUGCCGGUUCACCAAACUUUGCGGCUAUUGGAUGCUUUGCUGCACUUUGGAGUUUUGGUGUUGGCGGAAAUCUUCCUGUCGAUUCAGCAGUCUUUCUUGAAUUUCUCCCUGGCUCACAUCAAUAUCUUCUUACCAUCCUUUCAAUCGACUGGGCCGUAGCUCAAGUCAUCGCAAAUUUAAUUGCUUGGCCACUUUUAGGGAAUCUCACAUGUCAAGAAGAUUCAACUUGCACUCGAUCAAAAAAUAUGGGUUGGAGAUAUUUUCUUAUUGUUAUGGGAGGAAUUUCCAUGAUUGAGUUCUUCAUCCGAUUCAUCUGUUUCACAAUCUUUGAGAGUCCGAAAUAUUUGAUGGGAAAAGGGAAGGAUGAAGACGCUGUUAAGGUUGUUCAGGAAGUUGCUAGGAGAAAUGGAAAGCAGUCAAAUCGUGAGUACAACUUAAUUCAUUUCGCUCUGCCCUGAAAUAAUACCAACCCUCUACUAGUGACUGUUACCCGUCUCCAGGAAUGUGGCACUCUUCCUCAUACGAAUGCUUCGGCAACCUUAUCAAGAAAACUCCAUCAAAUGGACUUAUCACACGUUCGCGCCUUAUUCGCGACAAAGGAAUUGGCCAUUUCUACCGGUCUGAUUAUGCUAGUAUGGGCAUUCAUUGGUCUUGGCUACCCCCUCUACAAUGCAUUUCUUCCUUACAUCCAAGCAACCAGGGGUGCUGAAUUUGGAGAUGGUAGUACAUAUCUGACAUAUCGGAACUCUCUAAUUAUAUCUGUACUUGGGAUACCCGGCGCACUUGUUGGUGGUUAUCUCAUUGAAGUUCCAAGAUUGGGUAGGAAAGGAACUCUUGCACUUAGUACCAUAGCGACGGGAGUAUUUUUAUACUCUUCCACCACGGCUAUGACAUCUACGGCAUUAUUGGGCUGGAAUUGCGCGUUUAACUUUUGUUCCAAUGUUAUGUAUGCUGUUCUGUAUGCAUACACGCCGGAAAUAUUUCCAACAAAAGACCGCGGUACUGGUAAUGCUCUUACUGCAACCUCGAACAGAAUCUUUGGGAUCAUGGCUGUAAGUCUUCUCCAUUCCUCUUCAGCUCGCAUAUUUGCGUGUAUAUUACCAGUAUCAACAUAAACUAAUCUAGAAAAAGCCAAUUAUUGCGAUGUUUGCAAACCUGGAAACGUCCGCUCCUGUUUACACAAGUGGGGCUCUAUUCAUUGCAGCAGGACUGCUGGUUUUGGUCUUGCCAUUUGAGAGUCGUGGAAAAGCCAGUUUAUAAUCCUACGUAUCAGGGCCUGUAUACAUGUAUUUCUUUUACAUCAAACUCGAGUAGAACUGUACAAUUAAUUAUUGAUGGGGAUUGAUGUGAAGUUUGUGUCAUGGGAAGAGGCUGAAGAAACCGUCAAAGAAUGAAAUUGGUCAUUCCACAUUAUCAUC